CAGAAGGGGCGGGGUGUCCCGGUGUCCAGUUAAAGUGCAGACUGACCUGGCGAGGGGGGUGUCUGCGGCCGGGAAGAUGGCGGAGCUGCGCGCGCUCGUGGCUGUCAAGAGGGUCAUCGACUUCGCAGUGAAGAUCCGGGUAAAGCCUGACAAGUCCGGAGUGGUCACAGAUGGUGUGAAACACUCCAUGAACCCCUUCUGUGAGAUUGCUGUGGAGGAGGCUGUGAGACUGAAGGAGAAGAAGCUGGUGAAGGAGAUCAUCGCUGUGAGCUGUGGCCCCUCGCAGUGCCAGGAGACCAUCCGUACCGCUCUGGCCAUGGGUGCAGACCGGGGCAUCCACGUGGAGGUGCCCGCAGCACAGGCAGAAAGCUUGGGUCCCCUGCAAGUGGCUCGGGUCCUGGCCAAGCUGGCUGAGAAGGAGAAGGUGGACCUCUUGCUCCUUGGCAAGCAGGCCAUCGAUGAUGACUGUAACCAGACGGGACAGAUGACAGCUGGACUUCUGGACUGGCCACAGGGCACAUUUGCCUCCCAGGUGACACUGGAGGGGGACAAGGUGAAAGUUGAACGGGAGAUUGACGGGGGCCUGGAGACCAUACGUCUGAAGCUCCCGGCUGUGGUGACCGCGGACCUGAGGCUCAACGAGCCCCGCUAUGCCACACUGCCCAACAUCAUGAAAGCCAAGAAGAAAAAGAUCGACGUGAUCAAAGCUGGAGACCUGGGCGUGGACCUGACCUCCAAAGUGUCUGUGGUCAGUGUGGAGGACCCCCCUCAGCGCUUGGCCGGUGUUAAGGUGGAGACCACAGAGGACCUGGUGGCCAAGCUUAGGGAAGUGGGGCGGAUCUAACCCCCCGCCGGAAACUGCAAUAAAACUGACUUUCCAGCCCGUGGCUCUGUCACCUCA